AUGGCAGCCAGACAUUCACUGAGCGACACGCUUAAUGAAGGUGCCGCCUUCAUCGAACAUCAAGCCGAUUUGAUCAGAAUUGAAGUCAACUUUCUCAGACAGGAGUCUACGCUCUUCUGGCGCCGAUUUUUUACCGUCGGAGAUGACGCCGGAGUCCUUGCCCAAGUCGCCCUUCGCAAUGUAGAAGAUGCGCUUGAGCUUCUCGAGUUGGCCGAGGAGUAUGAAAAGCAAGCACAAAUGCUUCGUGAAAUUGCGAGAAACGUGGGCGGGAUUGGUGAGAUCGUUGCUAGUACUAUUCAGGACCCCCAGACGUUGUUUGCAAGACCCCAAUCUCACACACUAUUCGUGUUUGAGCAGGCGUUGAGGAUGGUCAAUGCGCACCUGGCUACUGAACGAGCUUUGCAAACCCAGUCUUCCACGGCCUCUAACGAUAGGAUGAUUGAGCAUGGUACUGUAAAUGCCUCCCGGACAAACUCCACGCCUGGAAUGGAUUUGGAAGUACAUGAAGACGACGUCAAGCAGGAGACUAAGUUAAAGAGCUCGGAUGCUGAAAAGAACAAGAACGUCGAUGACAAGGGAGACGAGGACCUGGACGGCAAUGAAGACGAAGACACUAUCGCAUUGGCGCGAAUGACUGGAGUGCGUCGUGAUUUCGAGGGCGAGCCGACUGCCUGA